AUGGCUGCCUCAGGCCUGAUGGUCUCCCUACUAUUCGCGGCGGCCGCCGCCGCCUGCGGCGCCGCCGGGGCGAGCACGGCGCUGGACGAGGUGUGCGGGGUCCUGGGCGGGUACUACGUGACGCCGGCGGCCUGCGCGUCGGCGCUCUGCCGCGACCCCUCGCCGCCGCCGUGCCGCGCCGCGCGCGACGCGGGCGCGGUGGCGGCGCUCGCGGCCCGGCUCGCGGCGGCGAACGCCACCGCGGCCAGGGACAGCGUCGCGGCUGCCGCGGCGGCGGCCGCGGAGCCGGCGGGCCUGCGGGCGUGCCUGCGGCUGUACGACGGCGCCGCGGCGGCGCUGGAGUGGGCGGCGGGGUCCGUGGCCGCGGGGCUGUACCCGGGCGCCCGGGAGGUGAUGCAGGCGGCGCAGUACGUGCCCGCCGGGUGCGACGGCGUGGCCGCCGGGGCGGCGGUGCCCGCGGAGAACGGCGGCUUCGACGCGAUGGCCACCGUGGCGCACGCCGUGCUCGCCUCCUUGUCCAAGAGCCACUGA